AUGCUGGAGUCCUACGACUGUGUCAAGCGCAUGACAGAUACAGUCCACGAAGUCGAGCCUUACGUCGGUACUUUCAUUCGUGGUAUGGUAGAAGGCAAGAAAUCGAAAGGCAAGAGUGGUAAGAAAGACGACGAGGAUGCUUCCAGCAUUUUUCUGGGAGAUGCAUCUUCACAUCGUCUCACACCUGUGCCUACAACUUCGGCCAAGCCUUCACCAACCCAUCAGUCAAGCUUUGCUACUUCGCCGCCACAGCCAUCUUCCGAGCCCAACACACCCGUCAGGCAUGAUCGCUACGAUUUCCUGACACCGUCGUCACCCAGCAAGGCGUGUCCAUCUGGCAAGAAGAAGCUUAUGGGCCAGUCGCUCAUCCUGCCGCCAGAUUCCACGCCAACCCCUGAGAUACCGCUCGGAAGAGAUGAGGGUGCAAUUCGAUCCAGCGCAGACUUCGCAAAAUACAACAAGGAGCUUGCUAGGCUGCGUGCAGCCGAUUCUCCGACGAAGUCACAGCUUUCGAGUGGCCGAAAUAUCGCUCUAUCAGACAGAUUAGGCAACGAGCUGAUGGAGACCGUUGAUGAUGCGCAGACACCUCCGAGCACGCCAUUCACUCAUCCUCGCGCAGCUCCAGUAGCUCACAUGACCAGCUCGACCACGGAAGAGCACUGCGAUGACGUCGAAGAACUGGUGAAUGUGCCGAAUGCAGAAGGCGCGGUGAGACACGUGGAAGGUGAGCCGCUACUGCCUGUGCAAACAGCUUCUUCUCUGGAGAACCCGAACGUUCCUGACAACCGACCAACAUCUCUGGAACAUCGACAAGACCACAACAUGAGAUCAUCACAGUCGUCCUCGCGAGCUCCAUCGCAGUCAGCCGAAGAUGAGGCAGAAGAGCUGCGUACGUGUCAGGUCACUGUUGAAGAUAUCCGAGCUCGACUUCCAGCAGAAGGGAUCACAAUCGCGGCAUUGCGAGAGUCCUUCGGUCCCGAGCUCGUUCCGCAGAACAAGGUUGCCGCGAGAACGUUCUUGCACCUGAUCAAGACAGCGGCCACGCCCAAGGAUGGGAAAUAUUACUUGAAGACUACGGCAUCAUCUCAGAGGUCCUCUCAGCCUGCUCCUUCGCCGGUGAAGCAGUCAGAGGCGCCAAGCCGUACAGAAGGAUCUGAUAUUGUCAGUUUGGUAGCAAACGCCGCUAGCGACAAAGCCGCAUCAGGUCAGGCACAGAGCGAGCCAACAGACGAAGUGUCUCGCACGAGCAGAUCACUCAAGAUAGAAUCUACAGCAUCAUCGGUCCCGGUCAAGCGGCAGGCAGAUAUUACUCAGCAAAAUUGCAAAACCAAGGCGGCGGAAGAGGAAGCCAUCGAGCUAGACAGCAGGGUGCCAGAGGAACAUGAAUGCGUGCGAGAGGAUCUUGAGGAGCGAGAGCUUGCGAUGCUGCAGCAAAAAUUGAAUGAUGACGAUGAAGAGCAUAAGCAAAGGAUGCAGGUGCGCGAGCAGCAAGCUGAAACGCUGCGGCAGGUAAACGAGGCAAUCCGAAGAGCCGAGGAGGCGAUAAGAGCUGGUAGCGUUGAGUGA